CACUGCCCGUGCGCCUGCGCCGCUCGCCGACGGCCGGGGCGCGCGGGGGAGCGGCCUCGCUCCGGUCCCCGUCGGGAAGCGAGGAGCAGGAUGUCGGGGCGUUGGGGUGAGGUUGCUGGCGGGAUUCCUUCAUCCGCGGCCCCGCAGGGGCUGGCACGCCGCCUGGACAGAGACUCUACAAGUGAAUGAGAACUUCUUUCUACGGAACUGAGGUGAAGAACUUCACCAUGGGUCAACAAAUUUCAAAUCAUACACAAACUGUAAUUAACAAGUUACCAGAAAAAGUAGCAAAGCAUGCCUCUUUGGUUCAAGAAAGUGGUUUCCUAACCUAUGAAGAGUUUCUGGGAAGAGUAGCUGAACUUAAUGAUGUUACUGCAAAGUUGGCUUCUGGACAAGACAAACAUCUCUUAUUUGAAGUGCAGCCUGGUUCCGAUUCUUCUGCUUUCUGGAAGGUGGUCGUUCGGAUAAUAUGUACUAAAAUAAACAAAACAACUGGCAUUGUGGAAGCUUCCAGAAUCUUGAACUUGUAUCAGUUCAUUCAACUAUACAAAGACAUUACGAGUCAAGCAUCGGGAGUUCUUGCACAGCGUGGUACUUCUGAAGAAGCUGCUGAGAACUUGAUGUCUGUGUCAUCUUGUCAGGCCAGCUUGUGGAUGGGAAGGGUUAAACAGUUGACAGAUGAAGAAGAAUGUUGCAUCUGCAUGGAUGGGCGUGUUGAUUUAAUCUUGCCAUGUGCUCACAGUUUCUGCCAGAAAUGCAUUGAUAAAUGGAGUGAUCGUCACAGAAGCUGUCCUGUUUGCCGUCGGCAAGUGACUGGGGCAAGUGAUUCUUGGGUGGUCUCAGAUGCACCUACAGAAGAUGAUGUUGCUACUUACAUACUUAACAUGGUAGACGAGGCGGGACAGCCUCACAGACCCUGACACUGGCCCACAAGUUGAUGGUAGCAGAAGCACCUGAAGUUUUCCUUUCCAUGAACGUCUGUUUACCUCUCGCCAUUUUUCCACAGUCUGUCUGUUCUUGGCUGCUGUGAAUCUAUGCUGCUCUUUUAAAACACGGGGUGAUUGGGCUAGUGUAUGUGUGUGCAGUCUUCGUUAUUAACCUAUGCUUCCAGUAAACUCUUUGAUCAUUAACAAAGUUUAUUAUAACAAUAACUUUUGAUAUUAAUUAACAACUCAACUACUAGGUGAAGCAAUUUAUAACAGCACAACUACAGCUGCUGACCGCUGUUUGACCAUCACAGUGUACUGCUACAGAAGAUGAACCAUGUCAGAUGGCUUGACCUCACAGUUCAUACCAUUAAAAACCACUCCCUUUUAAUUUCAUGACAAAUGUGAAUAAAGAUGAUGGGUUAGCACUUAGGAUUAUUAAUUUUACUACUGAAACUUGAAGAUGUCCCACUGCCUGUACUUUAGUAGCCAGUUAUUGCUGCUUUUAGUGUUUACAGAUACUGAUUUCAGUCUCAUCUGAGUUUUAGUAUUAUUUUUAAUCUGUUUCGGAGAGUGUAGGCAGCUUUGUAAAUGUACUUGUGCACUUCCCUUUAUUCUUCUAACAAGAUUACUUCUUAGAAUGUUUUUUUAAGUAUGAUAUUUGGCACAGUUGUCUUAGCCUAGACACAUUUAACAGUUUCAUACACGGGUCUAAAAAAAGGUAAAUCAUUUUCUUGAUUUUUUUUUUUUUUUUUUUAUCAAGAACAGCCACAAUUAUUUUUAAACAUUUAGGCAUAUCUGAAGAGAGUGACUUUAUUUGAAUUAGCAGUUAAAGCAUGCAUUUAGUCUGAUGCUGUGGUUUUAUCUUGAGUUUUUGAAGUGAUUAAAUCAGUUAUAAGGUAUACUAAGCAUUACAUACGGUGAUAAUCUAAGUCAGGGUGCUGUGCUUUAUAUCUGUAAGUGCAAUAUGCUUUCACGUAGCAGAGAGAAACUCGGAAAUGUUGCUUGCAGUGAGAUGUGCAUGUGACAGCUUGAGGAAAAAAGGGUCUCAACUGAAGUUCAACAGUGUAUUUCUGUGUUUAGCAGAGUAAAAUCUUUAAAGAGCUGAGUUUAGACAGUCUAAAUAAAUGGUUAGCAUUCAGGAAACCCAUCUUAAGCCUCUUUUGCAUAAAUAGUGUUAUGGAAAUCAACUGCUAUUGUAGAGAGGUAAUUUUUU